AUGACGACCAAGGACAGCUGCCAGAUGGGAGGUGGCUUGAGGCCUGCUGGUGGAGUCUGCAACAGUGUUCAAGGAGUGUUGGAAAAUGGAGGAGUGAACAUGAGGAAAUUGCCCACAGAGGUAAAGGUUUACUUGGUCACAGCUGCAUCAGCACCAUAUUGUGUGUACCACAGCCUGGUGGAAUUCCACUUGCAGGAGAGGAAAAAUUCAGAUACCCACAUUGAGAUCACCUUCCUCAGCAGCAACUCCUCCUUCAGCACCACCAUUAUCAUACCGAAGCAGGAAACCAUCGGCAAAGGCCUGUUGGCUCAUUCUGCCCCACUGUGCCAUGUGGAAGGGGUGAUGUUGCAAUAUCGCUCCAAGACCUGGAGGAGAAAGAAAGAUGAGUCCAUCGUUGUUGGCCGGUUCUGUACUGCCCCCCUGCCUGUAGAUAUAAGGUAAGCAAUGAGCAUCUUUCUAAAGCCUUCUUCAGUAAGAGAAUUAUACUGAGCUCUUUGGCUUUUAUGAUGUUUGGGGAAGGCACACAGACAAAAAGGACAUUCAUUUCCUUUCAUUGGAACUGCAGUUAAACAAUGCUCACAGUUUCAGUAUGAUGGAUGGUUUUAUAUAGGUAAAACCUAUAUUUAUCUGAAUGCCUUUUUUUAGCUCACCCAAUUCCAGAAGCUCCGGGUAGGUUACAAUAAUUUUAAACACCAAACUUGUUUUUCUCAUUCUUCCCUAUCUGCUAGGACUAC